AUAGAUACCUAAAAUAUUUAAGUAUUUUAAAUUUUUAUUGUACUUGAGAUAUCACUCGUGUCAGUAUUCCUUUGCCACUUGUGAGCUUAUAUAAAAUAUUUUACGAUGGACACUUUAGCUGAGAUCAAACGAAAAAUAGAUUCUGGAAAUACAAUUUCAGUAGCUGCUGCAAUGGACAACCUAGUUAAUAUGAUUAAGUCUAAAAUCAAAGGAAACCGUUCAGACAUGACAAAUAUUCCUGAAAUGUUACUCCUUCAAGAAUAUUGUUGUAACCAAAAUCCGAUCGUUAGUACUACAGCAUUACGAGCUUUAUGUACAUUUAUGAUGUCUAAUAACUAUCAAAACCAAUUGUUAAUCGACUGGUUAGUUGUCCUAAAUCCUCAAAUUAAAUGUAAAACUGGAUUUAUACAAGAAAUAUUUGAAUUAAUAGUUUUUGGGUUGAAAAGCAAAGACAUUAACAACAAUAAGAUCAACAUUUUGGUUGACAUUUUAAUAAAAAUAAUGGAUGAAAGUAUUGAAGAAUGGCAUGUAAUUUUGUUUCAUAUGAAAAUAUGUACACAUUUUGAUGAUCACGAGUUUGUAACAGACUGGUUAAAUGUUACAAAACGAUUAUUUAAAUUUAUUUUUUUGUCUCAAACAUCAUCAAAUCAUCGUAUUAUGUUUGUCAGACUAUUUGUUGAAAUACUCAACUAUGCAUCUGAUUAUGAUUUAUUAUUUGAAAUUUAUUCUUGGUUACAGAUUGAUAAUCUGGAUGAUAUUCUAUUUUUGUACAAUAUUUUAGAAGAAUUUUGUGUCACAAUUCCGGAUACUCUACAUACAAUAAAAUACAAUUUAUGUUUGUGUGUAAUUCAAACAUCAAUUCAACUUAUUUCACGCGGUUUUGAUCCAACUUCCAUGUUUCAACGUUUGAAUAGUCUUUUAAUGUUAUGUCCAUGUACAUCUGAUAUUUUAUUACUGUGUUGUUCCAGAACUCUAAGUGUAUGCUCUUCAAAAUUUGUACACAAAACUAUCGAUUUUUGCUUGAAUGUUGUUCAAAAGUAUGGGUGUCAUAAAAUAAUUGCACAGACUGUUGUUGCAAGCAUUUUGCAAUGGAAUCGUACAAAAUUAAUUGAUACUGAAAAAAUGUCUAUAAUGUUGUCAACUUUUAACUCUGAUACUGCUACAACCAAGUUAUGCACUAAUAAUCAUGAGUUAUAUCCAUUUUUAUCAAGUGAUUCGAUUUUAAUGACAUCAUAUUCAUUGAUUAAACUAUGUCCAGAAUUUAGUAACAAGCAGUUUACCUCUAAAUGGUUGUCCAAUAUUAAUCAUACCAGUGAUUUAUUAAAUGAUAUUCAGUUUAAUUUUUAUUUGGCUGGUCUUUACUUAAGUAAAAUCUGUGAUCGCUCUCAACAACAGACUAUAUUAAAAUUAUUAAAUAAACAUUAUUUGUUGCCAUUAAUUUCAUAUUCUGUAGAUCUAGAAAUAAGUCAUUAUGGUCGAUUUGAUUUAAUGAAAGUCAUACCUACAGCAGCCUGUAUACCGGAAAACAUUUCAUUAAUAAUUAGUUUUAUUAAACGUUUUGAAAAUAGCAACGAUGAAACACUGAAGAAAUUUAGUAUUGAUAUGUAUUAUGAUCUAUGGAUAACAGAAGUUAGAUGUUACAGAUUUUUAUUGUAUUGUUUAUCAAAAGAUAAACCAGGAUGGCAAUGGAAUGUUGUUAAGUCAUAUACUAUUAGAAAAAUGGUCAAAUCAAAUCCUAAUUCAGAUUUAGUAUCUGUUUUAAAACAAAUGCUUGGAUUUUACAUAAAACACUCUAUGUAUUUGCCAAUGAAAUUAACGUUUGAAUCUUUAGUAGAUUUGUGUAUAGCUGAGUACAUAAAUCCAGAAUCUCUUAAAAAUAUGAUUGAUAAAACAAUUUUAGACAUUCACCACCCUUGUGUUAUACCUAGCUAUUGUAAUUUAUUGAUGGUUUCAUCUAAUCAAACAACAGAAAAUGAAAAACGCAAUGAUUUUUUUCAAAAGUUAUGGUCUAUGGUAUUACACUCCAAUGAUAAUACCGUUAAAUGUGCUCUUAAGUCUUUGUCUGGCACAGAUUUAGAAAUCAUGCCUUUCAAUGUUUUACCAAAAAUAUUUCGAAGUUAUCCAAAAGUUGUAACACAGUUAGAGGAUUCAGACAAAUUAGAUUUAUUUAAUGGACCUAUACCUGGCGAGUGUUGGGUAAAAUUUCUGCAAAAUAUUAACAAAAAAUUUAUUAAUGAAGCUCAAAUGAUGUUAUCAAUUUGGCUUGGACAAGAAUUGGAAAAAAAUGUCAUAAUAAGAGUCCAAUCAGACAAUGAACCAAAAAAUUUAAAACACCUUUCUGAUCAUAGCAUUGCUCGAGGAUUAAUGUCAUUCAUUGUUCCAAAACGAAAACAAAUGUUGGAUGUUGAUGAAGAUACCAAAGUGGCUUGUUUAGCUGUUAUUAAUGGUGCUGAUAAACCAAUGUAUCCAUUUGAUUGGGGAUUUUUAGAAAAAUAUGUGAUUGAAGGGCCCAAUAGUAAGCUUUGGAAAGAGUCAGUUAUAUUAAUUGCUAAGCAAUCAAUAAAAUCUACUUCGGCAUUUCGACUGCUACACAAAUGCUAUGAUCAUCACUCAAAUUUUGAUACAAAUCAAAUUAAAUUACUGAUUACAGUAUUAUAUAAAGUUUCCAAUAUUAUUUUUCAUGAUUUACAAAAGCAAUUUGUGACAAAUGUAGUUAAUGAAAUUUUAAAUAACAUACAUGAAAUACAUUCUAACAACAAUUUAGAUGUUGACUUGCUAUGUCAUAUUUUAUCAGAAUUUAAACAAAUAUUACAAAGCCCUCAAACAAAUAUGGAAAAUGUACACUUUAUUUGCAAUAUUUUACAAAAUAUCUGGUGUACAAUAAAUUUGAAAAAUAAGGAAAUACUUUAUGCAUUCCUUGGUUGCUGCUUAUCUAUGUCAACUGAAAUACUGAAAAAUUUAAGACCGUACCCAGUUCAAGAAUCAAUGCUGCUAAAAUUUGUAAUUCUUUGCAGUGCACAGAAUUUUAUUUCUAGUAACUCAUCAUUUGAUCCACUGAAUGAAUGUAUUCAAGCAUGCAAUCAGUUCAAAAAUUAUCAAUUUUUAUGUGAUACAGUUAUUGAAGUCUUUAAACACAAAAUGUUCAUUCCAUAUCACAAUGAGUUUAUAACUAAUUUCAUGAUUUAUUUAACCAGUUUCAUAAAGAAAACAAACUCCUUUACAAAUGAUUUAUUUGAUGUAUUGUGUUCAAUUUUCAUUAAUCUCAUUAUCUUAUUAUCAGGAUAUGACACUUUAAGUUUCACUAAUAACAAAAAACUUAAUUGUUUAAACAGGAAAACAGUUUUUCCUGUUGCUUUAGCAACAUACUCUAAAAAUACAUCACAGUCUUCUAGGAUUAUUGAUUGGCUUAAAACUAUGAUAGCCACUUCAUCUUUGCCUGAAGAAUAUUCUAAAUUAUUCUACUGUUGUUUAGCUGCAUUUAAAAAUGACAAAUUUUUAUUAGUAUGGGCAAACAAAAAAAAAAUCAUAUUACACUGACUAUCAUUCUAAACACUAAAGGUAUAUUUAGCUGUCCAACCAAGAUCAAAUUUUGCAAGAUCACAAUUGGCAUACAUUGUUUCUAUGUCACCUUCACGGCGUGCUUCAAUUGU